AUGGCAGCCGAAGUUGCCUCCCCGGGCCCCACCGUGGACCGAACAGCAACGCAAGGCUGGGGCUCCACCCCGGCUCAAAGACACUAUGUCAAUCAAACACAAGCCUUGACGGCUCUCGACGCUGGCAUUAGACGAUCAACUGAGAUAGGUGUUCAGCAGAACAUCGCCAUCCUCGACCCUUCUGCCUUUCUCAUCGGCUUCAUACACAUGGACAACGCGUUCCUAGGUAGUAUCGACAUCAGCCAGAAGAAGGCGAAGACGGUCGUUCUCUACAACGGCAUCCCAAAUAAUGCGUUGAUCACCCGUUCUCAGCCCGGGGGUGACCUUUACGGAAUUCAAGAGACCAACGGCGGCACUGUGGUGUUUGGUGGUGGACAGCCAAUCUUUGACCCUGAGGGAUAUUUCAUUGGAGCCGUCGGCGUCAGCGGCGGCACGGUUGAGGAAGAUAUUGAUGUGGCGACCGCCGCGGCAAACAGUAUUGGAAGCACAGCGACACAAUGA